AUGCACAAACUCACACACACAUUCAUGGGUGCGUAUAUAACACAUUCUUGUUGUGUGUGUGAGAGAGAGAGAGAUAUGGAGAGAACAGAAGCAUUGACGUCAUCGUUUAUAUGGCGGCCAAAUGCAAACGCAAACGCAGAGAUAACGCCGAGCUGUCCAAGAUGUGGAUCAUCCAACACAAAGUUCUGCUAUUACAACAACUAUAGUCUCACUCAACCUCGCUACUUCUGCAAAGGCUGCCGUAGAUAUUGGACCAAAGGUGGCUCCCUCCGCAACGUGCCUGUAGGCGGUGGCUGCCGCAAAUCCCGCCGUACCAAAUCCUCCUUGAGUAACGCUAAAACCGGCGUAGCCGCUAGUUCAUGCAGCUCCGGUGGUGGCUCACCAAACAUAGAUCUUGCUCUUGUUUACGCCAAUUUCUUGAAUCCAAAGCCUGACGAACCCACACUUCAAGAAACAUGCGAUUUAGCCACAGGCGCUUCGAUGAAACCCUCUUGGAGUAUGGACAUCGGUGACCAUCAUCACUAUGAUCAUCAGGUGGAACACAUUGUGGAGGAAUGUGGUUAUAAUGGGUUGCCUCCGUUUCCUGGUGAAGAGCUUCUUUCUAUUGACACUAAUAGUGUUUGGUCUGAUGCUUUAUUGAUUGGUCAUCACCAUGUAGAAGUUGGUGGUAUAACUCCGGCCCGGACUGUUCAUGAACCGGUGGUUCAUUUCGCUGAUGAAUCCAAUGACUCUACCAACUUCUUGUUAGGAAGCUGGAGCCCUUUUGAUUUCUCAACCGAUGGAUGAUGUUCCAUAUUUGCAGAAAAGGGAGUUUGUAUUCUACCUAUCAUACAUAAUAACAUAUACACGUUUAUAUGAAAAUCUUAUGGAUCAUUUCAUGUAAAUUAAGAUGGUCUAUUAUUAAUGUACAAAUUUAAAGGGUAAUAUGUAAACAUAAGCUACAAUUUUAUUAUUUUGGUAGUGAUCCUCGACCUAAAUAUGAUGCUAUAAUAAGUCGUUUUCAAGAUUUGCCCAAGAAUACCACGUGGGAGGUCCUUGUCUUUGGAUUCGAUUGAGAUUUGCUUGUUACUUGAACUUGCAAUUCACUGAAAGUGAGACGCACGUGUAUCAUGGGGCACGUGUGAGAGUUGUUGUGUCUCUGGCCUCUCUCUGUGUGUGCAUAGAUCUUCUGUAAAAAGGUGUCAGAGAAAGAGCAUAUUUGUUCCUACUUUUCCU